AUGCCUGGGGAAGAGAUUGACAGAGCAAACCCGCAGGCCUUGGCCUCGCUGAUUCCGGAUGCGGUGCUUGAGCUAUCAAUCAAGCUCCAAACAUUGAAGCUGGAAGAUGCCGAUCUGAAGGGUCUUGAGCUGUUCAGACGCGCGAGUAACUACAUUGCUGCUGCUAUGAUAUUUUUGAGCGACAAUGCUUAUCUGGAACGGGAUCUUACAUUUGAUGAUAUCAAACCCAGACUACUUGGCCAUUGGGGAACAUGCCCAGGCCUCACUCUGGUCUACGCACAUCUCAACUAUCUUACUCGCAAAAACAACCUCGACACAAUCUAUGUUGUAGGUCCGGGUCAUGGAGCACCAGCUAUCCUCGCCUCUUUAUGGCUUGAAGGAAGUCUUGAACGCUUCUAUCCCCAAUACACUCAAAACAAACAAGGGCUCCACAAUUUAAUCACCGGCUUCUCUACUCCCCAUGGUUUUCCCUCGCACAUCAACGCUGAAACCCCAGGAGCGAUCCAUGAGGGUGGCGAACUAGGUUACGCACUUUCGGUCUCGUUUGGUGCAGUUAUGGAUAACCCUGAUCUGAUUGUAGCUUGUAUCGUGGGUGACGGUGAAGCCGAAACUGGUCCUACUGCUGCUGCAUGGCACGCAGCAAAGUAUAUCGAUCCGGCGGAAAGCGGUGCUGUAAUCCCCAUUGUUCACGUUAAUGGGUUCAAAAUCUCUGAGCGUACUAUCUAUGGGUGUAUGGAUGACAAGGAAAUGGAUCUUGAUCUAGCAACAAGUUUUCAGUGGGCUCUUGACGAAAUUCACAAGAUCCAAAAGGCAGCUAGAUCUGGCAAGCCUAUCAUGAAGCCACGAUGGCCAGUUCUGAUCAUGCGCACCCCUAAAGGAUGGUCUGGUCCAAAGAUUGUAGACGGGGAAUAUGUCGAAGGCUCAUUCCAUGCCCACCAAGUCCCCCUCAUGGCCGCAAAAUCGAACAAGGAUCAGCUGGCCGAUCUUCAAAAAUGGCUCUUGUCCUACAAGCCUUCAGACCUCUUCACUGAAUUGGGGUCACCUGUUGAUGCAAUCUCAAAUAUCAUACCAUUAGAAAAUGAGAAAAAACUUGGCCAACGGGCCGAGUCGUAUAAAAAGCACGAGACUUUGAACCUCCCGGAUUGGCAAAAAUUCGGUGUGGAGAAAGGAGGAGAAGAGAGCUGCAUGAAAACUAUUGGAAACUUCCUCGACCAAGCCUUAGUGGAUAACCCAAAGUCCCUCCGUAUUUUCUCUCCAGACGAGUUGGUUUCAAAUAAGUUAGACGCUGUACUUAGACAUACUGGUCGAAACUUUCAAUGGGACGAAUUCUCGCACGCACAGGGUGGCCGUGUCAUCGAAAUCCUCUCCGAACAUACAUGUCAAGGUUUUCUUCAGGGCUACACCUUGACUGGUCGUACCGGAAUCUUCCCAUCCUAUGAAAGUUUUCUUGGAAUUAUUCACACCAUGAUGGUGCAAUAUUCCAAGUUCAACAAAAUGGCACGGGAAACUAAUUGGAGAGCAAAUAUUUCCAGUAUCAACUAUCUAGAGACGAGCACGUGGACACGACAGGAGCACAACGGGUUUUCUCACCAAAAUCCCAGCUUCAUUGGAGCGGUUUUGAACUUGAAACCGGAUGCAGCGAGAGUCUACUUCCCACCCGAUGCGAACACGUUCCUUUCCACUAUCGCCCAUUGUCUACGGUCGAAGAAUUACGUCAAUCUUAUGGUUGGCUCGAAGCAACCACAGCCAGUAUUCUUGUCCGUGGAGGAAGCAGACAAGCAUUGUCAAGCGGGUGCUUCUGUGUGGAAAUUCGCAUCGACAGACGAAGGACUAAACCCAGACGUCGUUUUGGUAGGCAUAGGUUCCGAGCUGACCUUCGAAGUUGUAACUGCAGCCGCCAUUCUCCGGCGCAAAUGCCCUUCUCUCCGUGUUCGCGUUGUGAACGUGACCGACCUUAUGAUUCUCGAGUCCGCAACACAGCAUCCCCAUUCGCUCUCCGAUGACGAAUUUGCCUCUCUGUUCACCCCAGAUAAACCGAUUUUCUUCAACUACCAUGGCUACUCCAACGAGAUUCGUGGUCUACUGUUCGGUCGACCCAACUUGGAACGUGUGAGUAUUGGCUGUUACAAGGAAGAAGGAUCGACGACCACUCCUUUCGACAUGAUGCUGCGCAAUGGUGUUUCUCGAUAUCAUAUCUGUGAAGCGGCUAUCAAGGGUGGCGCCCGCGUCAACGAGAAGGUGGCACUCGAUAUGGUGUCAUUAUUGGCAGAGGUGAAACAUCAGGUUGUCAAAGUUCAAGAGUACAUUAUGGCGACAGGGAAGGAUCCUGAGGGAACUUUUGAUAUACCCAAGUUCCCUGGUACCGUUUUCGAGGAGGGGAAGAAGGGGAGCAGUGGCAGUGGGAGUAAAGAAGAUGGUUUCUUUGUAAACUGA